UAUUUUCUGUGGUAUCGUGAUUUAAGUGUCAUUUUACACAAAGUCAUUUACGUCUUAUAAUUAUUAGGAAAAGGAUAUAUCUUAAAAGAUUUCGAAAUCUUUGUCAACAUUAACCCAACAAAACCACAAUGUCUGAUUGGGAUACUGUAACCGUUUUAAAAAAAAGGGCCCCAAAGGCUUCGACAAUGAAGAGUGAGCAGGCUGUAAACGCUGCACGUCGUCAAGGAGUCGCAGUGGACACACAACUGAAAUGGGGAGCUGGGAGCAAUAAACAACACGUUGCCACAAAAAAUACUGCGAAGCUAGAUCGGGAGACUGAAGAACUCAAACAUGAAACAGUCUCCUUGGAUCUAGGUAAACUCAUCCAGCAGGGUCGCCAAGCCAAAAAUAUGAGUCAGAAAGAGUUGGCGACCAAAAUUAACGAGAAACCACAAAUCAUAACAGACUAUGAAGCAGGAAGGGGUAUUCCAAAUAAUAUAAUAAUUGGAAAAAUAGAACGAGUGCUGGGAAUGAAACUGAGAGGAAAGGACAGGGGAAGACCCCUUCAGCCCCCCGGUGACAAAAAAUAAAAAGUCCCCACUGAGGGGACUGAGGAGAAAUUGUUGUAUUUAAAUCUUGAUACGAUUGUUAGAUUUCAAUUUGCAUUUAAUUUAAAGUUUCUCUGAGUUUUUUCAGCGUUUCACUUUAAUUUCGAUUCAAAUUUUUGAUGAAUUAAAAUAACAAUCUCGAAAAAAAUGGGAUAUUUAAUGAUAGAGAAGAAUCAAUACAUAUGUUUCUAUUUUGACUAUUAAGCAUUGAUGAACUUACAUAAGUGGUAUUAAAAAUAGUGUGUAUGUCAUAAGGUUAUUUCAAUAUAUCAAAUAAUAACCUCUUUGAUACUUCAAAAACAUGAUCGAAAUAUAUUAUUGGCUAUUCUUUAAGA